AUACCUCUCCACGAUGGCACCUGUUGUACAGGCGUCUUUGGGGAGUUCCGCCCUGGUGGCAAACAGAACGAUGCAGGCAUCGCACGCCUCCUGCUCGGCAUUCUGCAAGGGGGGAGCUGUGCUGGUGUUGCAGCCUAGGCGACGAUCUCCUGUGGGAGCUUUGGUGAUCAGGGCAGCGUCAAAGGCCACAUACGAGGGGUACUUCUCAGCAGAACCAGCAGAAAGGUUGCGGCUCAACAACCUCUCCCCACAGCCUGGUGCCAGAAGGCCCAACAAGAGGAAGGGGCGCGGAUAUGGAGCUGGCCAGGGUGGCAGCUGUGGGUUUGGCAUGAGGGGUCAGAAGUCGCGGUCUGGCAGUGGCACACGCCCAGGCUUCCAGGGUGGUCAGACACCGCUGUACAGGCAGAUGCCCAAGCUGCGUGGUAUUGCUGGAGGCAUGAGCGCUGGCAUCCCCAGAUUUGUGACCGUCAACCUGCGGCAGCUCAACGAGAAGUUCCAGGAGGGAGAGGAGGUGUCUCUGGAGACGCUGCAGCAGAAGAACCUGCUCAACCUGUCCGGACGGGAAGCCUCCUUGCCGCUCAAGAUCUUGGGCGAUGGCGAGCUCAAAUUGUCUCUGAAGGUGCACGCAACACAGUUCUCAGCGUCGGCCCGCACCAAGAUCGAGGCGGCAGGCGGCACAAUUGUGGAUGUGGCCCCGAAAAUCAAGUGGACGAGGGCGCUUGGCAAGGAGCGCAAGGCAGCAGCUGAGGCAGCACCCAAGCCGACCAAGACAGUUGAGUAAGCAGUGUUAACAAAAUGCAGGACCAGCCUUUGCGCCUAGCUGGCUGUGGAUAAUGCUGUGGGUGUGCACUGUUGACAGCUGUACUUGGCACAUGCGACCCGGCAUGACAUUGAGACAGAGACAAAGAUCCGUGCUUCUCUAUGUGGGAUGUGUUGGCAGAGUUUGAUAAAAGAGUACUCCGGGAUCCCAAAAGAACGCAUCAUUAUUGUCUUUUGGCACGUGCAAGACCCUGCUGUUUUUUUGAUUUCCACAAUAUUGGCUAGAAAAGAUACUCAUACUUAUGCAGGACAACAAUGUUUACAAAAUUGUAAUAGACAGAUUUGCUAUC